GGAAGUAAAUUUAUGACAAAAUAUUUGACAGAUUUUUAUCCUUCAGAAAUGUAUUUAGAAAAAUUUAAAUCUUUAAUAUUUCGGACACAGCAAUAACAUUAGUAUCAUCAGAUUAUUCAACUGGAUUUUGGAAUUAUAAGAUUAAGACAGUUGAACAAUCAUAUCAUACAAAAUAAUUGCUUAAUGAACAAGUCUAAAACAGGAUCAGACAAGUAAAGUUUCAAAAUGGCAGUGUCAGGACGUAAGUCGUCAGAUUUUAGUGGUUCAAUAUCUAAAGGUUCCGCAGAGGACUUUGACCAUAAAUGUGAACCAUGUUUGGCGAUUGGUCAGCAAAUAGAAGCUAAUGGAUUUUGUGUGGACUGUCAAGAAUACCUGUGUAAGAAUUGUUUUGCUUAUCAUCAACGGAUCAAAGCCACGAAAAAUCAUCAACUUCUUGACAAAGGGAGCAUGGGCAAACACACCAUGCAAAGGAAGGAUUCAGUGGUGUGCACUGAAAAGUGUGCUCUCCAUGGAAAUAAAACGAUCGAAUUUUUCUGUACUCAGCACGAUUCACUUGGCUGCACAGUUUGUAUUACUAUGAACCACAGAGCAUGUAAAAUUGAUUAUAUACCUGACAAAUGUACAGGUAUUGGGGACACAGAGGAAUACAGGGAGACAAUGGGAAAACUUGAACAGAAAAUAAAAGAUCUUGAUAAAGUAAUGAAAAGGGUAAAUGUCGAAGACAAGGGAAUAGAUACUUGCCAUGACAAAGCAUUACAAGAAAUUAUCAAAUUUCGGAAGGAAAUAAAUGAUCACUUAGAUCAACUGCAAAGGAAAAUUCAAGCUGAUAUUGACAAGAAGAAGUCAGCAGACAAACAAAAAGUCCAGGAAAUCAUCAAAAUAUGUUCCAAUAUUUCUACAGAUAUCAGCAAACUUCAGUCAAAUCUUAAAGACAGCAAAGCUUCCCAACAGCACGGACAACUUUACAUAUACAUCAAACAAGCUCAGUCGAAACUUAAGUCAGAUGAAUUUAGAAAAGCAAAAGAAUCUUUAGCUCAGACAUGUACACAAUAUAGAUUUGAACGCAGCAAAGAUCUAGAGAAUGCGAUAUCAAGGCAGGAAAUAUUUGGACAGCUGAGUGACCCCACCAACGUGAUUACUCCAAAAAAGAAUAAAACAAAUUUCAAAUUAAGGUAUAAAGAUGAUAUAAAUGCAUGCACAAAAUCAGAUAAGAAUGACUGUUAUAUAACAGGAUGUGCAGUCUUGUCCUCUCAAAAAAUUGUGCUGGCUGAUGAGGAUAACUGUAAACUGAAAGUUGUGGACAGGCAAAGUAAAGUCGUGAUAGAAGAGAAGACACUUGACUCCGUACCAAGGGACAUAACCGUACUACCUCAAGAUCAGAUUGCUGUAACAAUGCCAAAUAGUGGAGAGAUCUAUAUAAUGUCAACAGCUGGUAAAUUGUCAAUAGUCCGCAAGAUUCCAGUUACAGGAGAAUGUAGAGGUAUAACAUAUCACCAAGACCAUCUCUAUGUAAUUUGCUGGGAUCCUCACUGUGUACGUAUUUUAGACAUACAAUGUAAUGUUCAGAACACAAUUUACCUCAAUAAUGAGGUAUUUAGCUACCCUAACUAUAUUGUGUUCAAUGAGGAUUCUAGGCUUAUAUAUAUAAGUGACUUAAUGACAGAAAAUGUAGUCAACAUCACGUUACAAGGUGAUGUAUCUGCCGUAUACAAGAAUAAGGAUGUUAGGACUCCAUUUGGAAUGCUGAUGCUAGAAGAUGGCUCAUUGCUGGUUUGCUACACGAGUAUUGGUACCAUACAUCGUAUCUCAGGAGACUUUAAGCAAAGUCAGACAAUGAUUGAUGGUCUGACAAAACCAUGGUGUAUAUGCUACAAUCAUCAUCUACAAGAAGUCUAUAUUGGUGGUAAGAGUCAGCUAAAGGUGUUCAGUUUGCAAUAACAUUUCGUUUCACGUACGGUUCCGGACAACAACAUUGAAUGGCAUGAACAGUGACUGAAUUUUUUUCCAAGAAAAAAACAACUUUUGUUAUUCUAAAUAUGUAAAUUAAGUCACGUGCCUCAGUAUGUUGGUUUUUCUGCAGUUGCAUUUUUGGAGCUUUAUAUAUAAAACUUUAUAUGUAUAUUGAUAACUUUUUUACAUAUCUAUUUUGGUAACAAUAAUAUGUCAUUGUAAUACUAAUAAGUAUUAACGAAGUAACCAAACUCUCUUCCUCUUUCUUUGGGGAAGGGUGGGGGUGUAGGAAUGAACUAGUUUCUACGUAGUUCUCUCACAUUUUUACAUUACAUGCGUAAUAAUAAUAAUAAUUAAACACUGCUAUCACCUUUUCAAAUUCGUUCACCUCUUCAACGUUUCUUUCGUAAAAACAAAACAAAGUGGUGUUUAGCUAAUAUUUCUAAUAUUCGAACAAACUACAAAUAUACAUACAUAAUCAAUAUUUUUAUCUUUCUUUUAUGUUUUUGUAGUUUCUAUUGAUUUUCUAUCUCGUAUUUCAUAAUAUCAUUCUUCUUCUAAAUAAAUUUAGCU